AUGGCACCAAAAAAAGCAGCUAAUAAACAAGCAACAACACCAACUGAAACCGAGACUGAAUCCAAGCAAAUUCAAAAAAAGAUCGAUGAAGAGAAUCAACCAUCAGCAGAAACUGAACAAUCAAGUCCAAAGAAAUCUUCGACAGAAUCGAAGAAAACAGCUAGCAAAGCUGGUCGGUCACGAAAGAAAUCCGAAGCUGAAAAACUUCAAGAAGAAGCAUCCGGGUUUAUCGAUCGUGUGAAUAAAAAAUCCGAAGCAGGUGAUGAAUCCACCGAAGAAGAUAAUGAUGAAGAACAACCAUCCAAGAAGAAAAUGAACAACGCUCCAGCUGAAGCAAAACAAACCACAAAAGGUGCUGGCGCUCGAGGUGGUAAACGUCAACCAGCCAAAAACAUGCCAACACAUGAUGAAGAAGAAAACGACAAAGAAGACGAAAAACCAAUGGCGACAAAAGCGCCAACCAAAGGCAAAGCAGCUGCUGCUCAAAAGAGCAAGAAAGUCGAAGAAGAUGAACAAAAGGAUGCGGGUACCGGCGAAGAUGAUGAUGUCGAAAACGAAACUGAAGCUUUAGAUAAAAAACCUAAAGGUAAAACGGGUCGCAAGCCAGCUCAGAAGACUAAAGUUGAAGCUGAAAAUGAGAACGAACAAACCGAAGAAACGGAAACUAAGAAAAAGCCCACAACUGCUCGUAAGGGUAAAGCUGCAGCUUCAGCUAAAAAAUCUGAAGCUGAAGAAGCACCAGUCAAUGACGAUUUGAAAUUAUCUGAAGACGAUGAAGCUACCGAAGAUAAAUCCAAAAGUACAACAACGAAAAAAGCACCGACCAAACGAUCAGCGCCAACAUCGGGCAAAAAAACAACAUCAGCUGCAUCCGCUAAGAAGAAAGGUCAAAGUGAUGAACCUUUCGAAGAUCGUACCAACGAUGAAAAGCCCGAAGACAAUGAAGAGAACACGGAUGAUGAAGCUUCAGCUGCUAAACAACCGAAAAAAGGUCGUUCAGCCGACAAGGCUCCCGCAUCAGCCAGCAAAACUGCCAGUCGUGCUGGUAAAAAAACCAAAGCCACAUAA